CCAGACGAUGACUUUCCACAAUGAGUCAGAAGAGACCUUCCCUCCCUCCUUCCCUCCUUCCUUCCCGGAGCACAACUUCUCCGUCUUUGUCACCCACGACCCCUCGGACUUCCCCACCUCCUCCCCGCUGACCUCCUCCAACUGCACCAGCCCCGAGUCGGCCUCCUCUCCCCCGUACAACUUCUACGCGGUGCUGCUGGUGCUCCUCAUCUUCUGCGUGGUGUUCGGCAACGUGCUGGUGUGUGUGGCCGUGUCUCGGGAGCGGGCUCUGCAGACCACCACCAACUACCUCAUCGUCUCACUGGCUGUGUCCGACCUGCUGCUGGCCACGAUGGUCAUGCCGUGGGGCGUCUACCUGGAGGUGGUGGGGGAGUGGCACUUCAGCCUCAUCCACUGUGACAUCCUGCUCACCCUGGACGUCAUGAUGUGCACGGCCAGUAUCCUGAACCUCUGCGCCAUCAGCAUCGACAGGUACACAGCGGUGGCCAUGCCGCUGCUCUACUACACCAGGUACAGCUCCAGGCGGAGGGUGGCGGUGAUGAUCUCUGUGGUGUGGUUCCUCUCGUUCGCCAUCUCCUGCCCCUUACUGUUCGGACUCAACAACACUGCCGACCCAGAAGGAACCACCUGCAGUUUUGCCGACCCGGCCUUCGUGGUGUACUCCUCUGUGGCCUCGUUCUACGUCCCCUUCAUCGUCACACUGCUGGUGUAUGCGCAGAUCUGCGUGGUGCUGCGCAAACGAGGCAGACGCACGGCCCCGUCGCGCAGACACGGUCUGCACACGCAGCGGGCGGCCGAGGCAGGAGAGGCUCAUCGGCACAGAAAGAAUAAGUGCACACAACCAGAGGAUGUGAAGUUAUGCACCCUGUUCCUGAGGCCCGCCACAGCCCCCCCGCAGCGCAAGAAAGUGGUAAAACAGUGUUUGUGAACCUUGAAGUGAUGAUCUGCUCGUUCCUGUCUGCUCCUUCCUGCUUCCAUUAAUGUCUCGUCUCCCUCCCUCUCUGUUCGUCAGACCCUGGUGAACCCCCUCGAAGUGGAGCCGGGGCAGUUUCUGCCGCUGACGGGGCAGAGUCUGGCUCCUCCCCCUGCACACCAGACCUCCUCCCACUCGGGACAGGCAACCAUCUCCCUGUCCAUCUCCGUGGGACCUGCCCCGGUUCUCCCUUCAACCGUGACGCGAUCGGGCCUGAUGCCUCGUCCCCCGACUCUGGAGGAUGGCAUGAGGGGGCGUGAGGGAUGGAGGGAGCGCAGCGACGGCAGAGAGAGAUGGGGGAUCACCAAGGAGAGGGUGAGAGGAAGGCUGUCUCAGCAGAAGGAGAGGAAGGCCACACAGAUGCUCGCCAUCGUCCUCGGCGUGUUCGUCAUCUGCUGGCUGCCUUUCUUCCUGACCCACGUGCUGAAGGCCCACUGCAGGAGCUGCUGCAUCACGCCCUCGCUCUACAGCGCUGUCACCUGGCUGGGAUACCUCAACAGCGCCGUCAACCCCAUCAUCUACACCACUUUCAACAUCGAGUUCCGCAAAGCCUUCAUCAAGAUCCUGCACUGCUGAGGGCCGCCCAGAUGAAAGGUGUCGGCACGCAGGAAGACGGCCUUUGAGACCGGAGAUGAGAGAGAGUGGAGGUGAAAGGAAGGCUCGAGGGAGGAGGAGGAGGAAACAGGUUGGAUUCAAGAUAACUUGAGAUUAUAUCCACUUUCUGGGAAAUUAAAUAUGAGAGAAAUUGAACCGACAGAUCAGGGUAAAGAAACUUGAGAAAGAAACAAACUGCUGGACGGAAAGAAAACGUGUGUGACAAGUAAAAGACGAGAAGCACAAACAAGCUGGAGAUAUUUCUGGAAGAGACACACUGUGUUGUGUAGAUUGUGUGUGUGCGGGGAAGAUGUGAGGACUGAGGAUUGUUGCCACAUUCAUCUGCACGACACCACACACUCCAGACUCGCUGAGACGCGACCGCUUUCCCACUUUGCUGGAACGCUCGGCUGCUCUCGGACCCUUCGUGUUGUAUUUUCUUGUAAUCUUGACAAACAGCCUGGUUUUAUUUGUUUGCAUGUUGUCGCCUCUCUGAAAAAGGACUGGCACAAGUCAAAGCAUGAAAAAAAACAAACAUCUUUGACUUAAAGAGUACAACACGAAACUGAAGUCGCAGAUUUCAUUAUGGACCUUUUCGCUCUCUGUUCACGUACGUGUAACAUUUGGUGUCGUAGAUAAUACUUUGACUGGUGAGAACAGGGAUCGCAGCUGUUGUACAGACCUUUGGUAAUAAAACAUUUUAUUUCGGUGCUUACCUUACCUCACACAUUAAGAUCAAAUAAAAUUGAAUGAAUUAGAAUAAAUAAAAUAUCUGCACAGUAUGACUGAAAGCAAAACUUGUGACAAAUGAACAAAGCAAUUGAUUAAUUCAUCAUGUAUAGAUGGAUAAAGUAAAUUUGACUAGAAAGGUUGUUUAUUUUUUAUUUAAUAAUAUUUCACACAUUUGAGGUUUGUUGACGCUUUCAUUAUUUUUCCUUGUGAGAUAUUUUCUUUAUCCCUGAAUCCUGAACAUUUCAGACUUGCAGUCACAUUUUGAAAACUGGCUGAUGGCUACAUUUUUCAAAAUAAACUGCUUAUUAGGGUCUAAAGAAGAAUGUGGAACAUGGGGAGGGGUUUCUCUGUUAUGUCUUGUUGUGUGUUAUGUCUUGUUGUUUGUAAUGCUGUGAUUCUUGUCUCAUCGUAGGCACACUGAGGCAAAUUCCAAACAACUGAGUUGUGUGGCAAUAAAGUGUUGAAUCUUGGAAGCCAAACUAACUGUGAACUGGCUCUGGUUUCAAAUUUACCAAAACCCAACCUA